AUGGCCAUCCUAUCCUCAAUCCCCACUGCCUCCCUUCUUGUCAUCCUCUCGUCAAUCCUCAUCCUUCUCACAUGCCCAUCCACAGCGAACGAAGGGAAUGUCCUGGUAACCGGUGAUGCUCUCACCACCGACAGCCAGCUUUCCUACCUCGACAGUAGCUUCGUCAUGCAAGGUGAUUGCAACCUCGUCUUAUAUAAUUAUAAGGGCUAUGGCUUCCAAUCCAACACCCAUGGAGAGGGUGUUAACUGCACCUUGACACUCAAUGACCACGGCCAGUUUAUCAUCAAGAGCGCCGAUGGUUCCACUGUGUGGACCACGCCGCCUGGUCCCAAGGAAGGCAACUACUCUGCCGUCCUCCGUCCUGAUGGUGAGGUAGUCAUCUACGCUUUGCUUCCUUAG